AUGUCAAGAGAAGUCUACCAUUUGGAAAAACCUUCUGCUGCCGUCUCAGAUGAUUUCGGAAGACAUCUCUUGUUUCGAGGAACACUGCUUUCGGAAGACAACGCAAUCAAGCGCCUCAUUGUGAGCAAUACUGCCUCGGAAGAUAUCGCAAUCGAGCGUCUUCGCGUAAGAAAUACUGCGCGAGUCAAGAGCAGUCUGAAAGGUUCAGAUCGUGCCGCUAACAUUAUCGACUUUCCCAUCAAGGCUGCAGCUGGAUCAUCGGGUGUUAUUAUUGAGAGGCAGAUUUAUGCAGCAUGUUACUCGCUACAGGAUAGCCUGGAAGGAUGGAAUGAUGCUGUUAUAGGUUACGAAGGUGCACCAUGGCACGGCUUCUUUUUCUGCUUUGUUAAAAAGAGUUUCGACAGUGGCAGACCUCCGGCUCAUGGCUGGAGAGAUGUUAGCCUUGUUACCAGUAGAGGUGACAUCAAGUUGUCGACUCUUUUUCUUUCUGUGGUUAUUCCACACCCCAAAGCUUGGAAGUCUGUUAGCGGCGUGGAUUUCUGCAUUCACAAAGCUGUCAACAAAGUGUUACGAACCUCCCGCUUCUCAGACCACUUCAACUUGUUCAUCGAAUGA